AUGUCCUUCUACCCGCCGAGCAGACAGCCGAGCCCGAAUUUUGGCGCAAACAUUGCAAAGGCCGUCGAGAUCGAGAUGCUUCUUCUCGCAGCUACACUGGCGGCAACGUUGCCAGAGAUCAACCACCUCGUGUCAAUGCAGGUCCACGAGUUGGUACCAACACCUAGCCACUACGUCCACAACCGAUUCGGCACACACGCCUAG